CACUUUCGUAAUUUUCUUUUCCAAAAUAAUAUGUUGAAAAUUUCAGUAUAAUUUUUUCUUAUUACACUCAACGUAUUGUAAAUUGUAUAUAAUUUCUUGUUAUUAUUACUAUUAUUUGUUUUCUUUUACAACUUUAUUUGUUGUAAUGACUUUCCUAUGAACAAUUCUGUCUUAAAACUCCGCAUGGUUCUUCCUAUUACUGUUUUUAUUUUAGUGGCAUUUUAACCUUAUAUUAAUAACUAUGUCGUGGAUUUUUGGAAUGGGUGGUAGCAACAAUUCAGAACCACCCAACUUAGAAGAGAUAACGGGUCUUUCAGAAAAAAAACCUGCUCCACCACAAACAUCAUCUAGUGGUGAGGCAUAUAAAUUUGAUUCAUCUGCCCUUGAACGUGCUGCACAAGCUGCCAAAGAAUUAGAGAAAUCAAAACAUGCCAAAGAAGCACUUGAAUUGGCUAAACAACAAGAAACAACUAAGCAAAUUGAAUAUCAGUCUAAAAUCAAAGAAUAUGAAGUGCAUUUAGAACAAGUUCGCAAUGAACAAAAACGAGCUGAACUCGAAGAACGAAAAAAAUUGCUGGCAGAAGAAACUAAACAGCAUCAGUUACGCUCACAGUAUCAAGAUCAAUUAGCUCGUAAAAGGUAUGAAGAUCAACUUCAGCAACAACGAGCGUCUAAUGAAGAGAACCUAAGGCGUCAAGAAGAAUCUGUAGCUAAACAAGAAGCAAUGAAAAAAGCUACAAUUGAACAUGAAAUUGAGAUGAAAUCUAAGUUAGAUGCUAAAAAAACUGAAGCAAAGGCAUUAGCUAGAGCAAAAGCAGAAAGGGAGAAUCAUGACUUAAUUUUAGAGCAAAUAAAAAUAAAAGCUUCUGAACAUCGGCAGACUGUUUUAGAAUCAAUAAAAACUGCUGGUUCGAUAUUUGGCAGUGGAGCAAACGCUUUGUUAACAGAUUGGGACAAAACACUGAUGGCAGCAGGAGGAUUGUCGCUUUUAGCACUAGGGAUUUACAGUGCUAAAGGAUUUACCAAUGUAACGGCUAAAUAUGUAGAGUCCCAACUAGGUAAGCCAUCAUUGGUACGUGAAACAUCUAGAUUUUCAUUAUUAGAAACAAUAAGACAUCCAAUUUUGACUUUAAAAGAACUGAAAACAAAAAAAAGUAGUGCAUUGAAAGAUGUUAUCUUGCCCCCUAAAUUAGAAUCUAGAUUAGGUGAAGUAGCUAUUGCAACUUUAAAUACAAAGAAAAACCGUGGAAUGUACAGAAAUAUCCUCAUGUAUGGACCACCGGGUACUGGAAAAACAUUAUUCGCUAAAAAAUUGGCUAUGCAUUCUGGUAUGGAUUAUGCUAUACUUACUGGUGGUGAUGUAGCCCCGUUAGGAAAAGAUGGUGUGACAGAAAUGCAUAAAGUUUUUAAUUGGGCAAAUAAUUCUAGAAAAGGCUUAUUAUUAUUUGUCGAUGAAGCCGAUGCAUUUUUACGCAAACGUAGCUCUGAAAUGAUAAGUGAAAACUUGCGUGCCACUCUCAAUGCGUUUUUAUAUAGAACUGGAGAUCAAUCAAACAAAUUCAUGUUAGUUUUGGCUAGUAAUACACCAGAGCAGUUUGAUUGGGCUGUAAAUGACAGAUUAGAUGAAAUGGUUGAGUUUGGUCUGCCUGGAAAAGAAGAACGUGAGCGUCUAAUAAUGUUAUAUUUUGAUAAAUAUGUUCUUACACCAGCUACCACCAAAGGCAAAGUUAAACUUAAUGUCGAAAAAUUCGACUACAGUGCUCUGUGUAAACAAAUGGCAGAUAUAACCUCUGGUAUGUCGGGCAGGGAAAUUGCCAAAUUAGGAGUAGCAUGGCAAGCAGCGGGUUAUACUUCAGAAGAUGGUCUGUUAACUAAAGAUAUGAUUCUUAGUCGAUGUGAAGAUGCUAUCAAACAGCACAAACAAAAGAUGGAGUGGAUGAGUGACAAAGAAAAAAGUGAUUCAAGAUAUACAGCCCAAAAAAGUAUAAGUUAAGUUAUACUCUAUGUCUCAUCAUUGUAGUUUGGUACCAAAGGAAUAGUUCACAUAUAUAUGUAUAUUGUUAUAUUUCGUAUAAAUCUAUUCAAGUGGGUGUUUAUUUUAGCAAACUCUAGAUAAUUCCAUUACUGUAAAGUAUAAUUAUUUUGUAAAAUAAAUUGUUUAGUGUAGAUCAUAGAAUAUCUACACAGAUGUCAACUAUUAUCAAAGAAAACCGAAUAAACACAAUGUUGACAAUA